CCCGGCAGUGAUCCUGCACUUCCGGAUGAGGGAUUUUUUCAUGUUGCCUGACAGUUGUGUGUGGUUCAGCUAGCCAGCUUUAUUCAAAUCAAGUUUUUAUACUUGGAUCGUUGUAAAUAUAGAAAUACGAUGUCCCGGGGAUCCAGUGCGGGAUUUGACCGACACAUUACAAUCUUUUCUCCUGAGGGUAGGCUCUACCAAGUAGAGUAUGCCUUCAAGGCUAUAAACCAAGGCGGCCUCACCUCAGUAGCUGUUAGAGGCAAAGACUGCGCCGUUGUUGUCACACAGAAAAAAGUGCCCGACAAACUAUUGGAUUCCUCCACAGUCACCCACUUAUUCAGGAUAACAGAAAACAUCGGCUGCGUGAUGUCCGGGAUGACAGCUGACAGCAGGUCCCAGGUUCAGAGAGCACGCUAUGAGGCUGCUAACUGGCAGUACAAGUAUGGCUAUGAAAUCCCCGUGGACAUGCUCUGCAAGAGGAUUGCGGACAUCUCACAGGUGUACACGCAGAACGCAGAGAUGAGGCCGCUCGGCUGCUGCAUGAUCGUGAUUGGAGUAGAUGAGGAGUUUGGCCCCCAGGUGUACAAGUGUGACCCUGCGGGCUACUACUGUGGUUUCAAGGCCACGGCCGCCGGUGUGAAGCAGACAGAGGCCACCAGCUUCCUCGAGAAGAAGGUGAAGAAGAAACUUGACUGGACCUUUGAGCAAACUGUAGAGACGGCGAUCACCUGCCUGUCCACAGUGCUGUCUAUUGACUUCAAGCCCUCAGAGCUGGAGAUUGGAGUUGUGACAACAGAGAACCCUAAGUUCAGGAUCCUUGCUGAGUCUGAGAUCGACUCUCAUCUGGUGUCACUAGCAGAGAGGGACUGAGCGAAGUCGCCACAUAGGGGAAGCUGCAGAGGGCCACUUCGUAUUCCAGAGUUCUGCCCGAGAGCAACGCUGUUGUUUGCUGUAUAUUUACCCUGCAUUAAAGAUAAUGUUUUGGAGAAAAAAAA